GUAUGUUUUCUUCUGUUUGGUGGUCAUGUCACAAUGUGUUACCCAAUCAGCUGCGACAAAAAUGUAGUGCGCCUUCCUACACGACAGGGUGUUCGAGGCACCGCCGUUUCUGUUGGGCGCUGAACUCGCCCCAGUUUUACUAGCGGCCGUAAAAUGUUUCACUAUCAGAGUUUGGUCGAUAACAUUUGGAAAGUCUAGAAGAGCUGCGCUGCACGUUCAAGUUGGCGGAGGCUAAACAGGAAGUUGACACAAACGAACAUGUUGCCCCGCGCCGACUAACGCUUCGAUGGUGUAAUUGCAGAGCACGUCACCAGGGCAAGAUGGCGGCUGCCGUAUCCGGGGAAUUUUGGCUUUGUACAGAGGCAGGAAGUGGAGACGCGGCGGCCAUCUUUAUCUACAGUCACAGCUCCGCCCCCUCCUGCAGCCGGAUGAUAAAGUCCCCCCCCGACUCUCCCUCCUCCGACUUUAACAGAUUAUCAGUUAUUAAUAAUUAAUCGGAGGAAUGAUCGACACGCAGCUUCUGUGAGCUGAACUCUGCAGAAAUGUGCAAACUAAAUAUUGACAGAAGCCGUCGCAGGAGAUGUAUUUCUCUCUGCUCGCAGUCGGAGAGGAGUCUGUGCGGCACUUCAUCAACGUUGCCAUGGUGAUAUACCGCAUCGUCGUGUACCAGGAACAUUUGUUUCUCCGCGGCGACGCCCACCGAACCACCGUCCAACUGGUUGGCAGCAGAGGAGCCAGCGAGCGCGUCCCAUUGGCUGAGAGAUCUGUAUGUCGGGUUUUGAAGAGCAUGUGUUGCUGCUGCAAAACCACAGAAGAAAAAGCAGAAUACGAGGUUCAGUGUCCCAGGAGCCUUGGAGCUCUGCUAUUGGUCCGUUUGGAAGCCCCGCCCACCGAAGCCAGUGAUUGGUUCUGUUUGAAGGUCAUCGUGACAACACCUGAGGGCGGAGUCUCACUGUUCCCCUGCUACCGAUUGGUCAGCUGCUCGACCUCGCUGGCUCUCAGGGAUUCGAUUGCAAAGUUUGUUUUCAACGACGUCCAACCAAUCGAACUGGAUCAGAGGGUGAACGAGCUGACGUGGCGCCGUCACACCUAUCGGUGGAGUUGCUACGACGACGGUCUUCCGGAGACGAUGAAGGCUGACAACGCAAUGUCACUUCCUGCUGAGGUUCAAUUCUCUGUCUCCAAGGCAACUGACAUGAUUCUGACUGUUGGCAAAGUACUGGUGGAGUUGGGUCUGCAGAGCUUCCUGUUCUCUCAGAAGCGUUGGUCCAGUUUCCAUCAGAUCCAUCAGCUCUGCCAGCAGACCAGGACCCCGACCUGCAGAUUGGUGGAGCGCCUCUGGAGGGAGGACUGGUUCUUCGGACAUCAGUUCCUGAACGGAGCCAACCCGACUCUGAUUCGCCGCUGCACAGAAAUCCCGCCCAACAUGGCCGUUACUGAGGAGACGGUGGCGGUGGCCGUGGAGGGCGGAGCCAGCCUCAGACAGGAAGUGGAGAAGGGGAACGUGUUCGUGGUGGACUACAGGCUGCUGGACGGCCUCACAGCCAACACUGUCAACAGGAAGCAGAACUACCUGACGGCUCCACUCAUCUUGCUGCACCUGAACUCCAGAAACCAGCUGCUGCCUAUUGCUAUCCAGCUGAAGCAGUCUCCAGGUGAGACCAACCCGGUCUUCGUCCCUCAGGAUCUGGAAGCUGAUUGGCUGACAGCCAAAACAUUUGUGCGCUCUGCCGAUUUCGCCGACCACGAGCUGCGUUCUCACUUCCUGCGCACACAUGUGAUGUCAGAGCUCUUCGCCAUGGCAACGCUUCGCAACUUUCCCAUGGUGCACCCUCUCUACAAGCUGUUGGCGCCUCAUUUCCGUUUCACCCUGGAGAUCGACACUCUGGCUCGCCAGCUGCUGCUGUCUGAGGGAGGGUCACUGAAACAGUACACGGCAGUGGGCGGAGCCGCAGCGUUGGAGUUCCUCAGGAGGGCGUCUGCCUCGCUCACCUAUCAGGAUCUUUGUUUACCAGAUGACAUCAUGGGGCGUGGCUUGGACUCCAUUCCUGGUUAUUAUUAUCGUGACGACGGCCUGCGGUUGUGGGACAUCAUCCACAAGUACGUAGGGGGCGUGGUCAGCUACUAUUACCGCAGCGACGAUGAUGUGAUCAGAGAUUCAGAGCUGCAGAGCUGGAUCAAUGAGGUCAUCGUGUUUGGGCGCCUCGGAGACGAGAACAAAGGUUUCCCAAAAUCCUUCACUUCAGCGACGGACCUGACAUACUUUGUUACCAUGGUGAUCUUCAACGCGUCGGCGCAGCACGCGGCCGUUAAUGACGCUCAGCUGGACUAUUUCGGCUGGAUGCCCAACGCCCCGGUGGGUCUGCUGCGCCCUCCUCCGGCCUGCAGGGGGCGCUGCAGCGAGCGAAGCCUGCUGGACAGCUUUCCUGACGUGGACGCCACCGUGCACGGCCUCGCCACCGUUUACCUGCUCAGCAAGAAACCUGCAGACUUCGUUCCUCUGGGCGGCUCGAAGCAGCAGCUCUUCACCGAGAGCGUUCCCAUGGAGAUGGCGGCCUGUUUCCGUAGCGACCUGAAACGUCUCAGCUGUGACAUCGCGGCGAGGAACGUCGGCCUGAAGCUGCCAUAUGUCUACCUGGACCCCGCCGCCGUGGAGGACAGCGUGACGCGCUGAUGCUACGGCUAGCACUGUCUGCAUUACCUGAAUAUGUUAGCUUAGCAUGACCUUAAUGAGUUAGCUUAGCAGUACAUGAAUUAGUUAGCGUCACCCGAGUGUGUUAGCGUAGCAUCACCUGAAUGAGUUAGCUUAAGAUGAUGUGAAUGAAUUAGCUUAGCAUCACCUAAAUGAGUUAGCUUAGGAUGAUGUGAUUGAAUUAGCUUAGCAUCACCUAAAUGAGUUAGCUUAGGAUGAUGUGAUUGAAUUAGCUUAGCAUUACCUAAAUGAGUAAGCUUGGGAUGAUGUGAAUGAAUUAGCUUAGCAUCACCUAAAUGAGUUAGCUUAGGAUGAUGUGAUUGAAUUAGCUUAGCAUUACCUAAAUGAGUAAGCUUAGGAUGAUGUGAAUGAAUUAGCUUAGCAUUACCUAAAUGAGUUAGCAUAGCAUCAUGUAAAUGUGUUAGCUAGCAUGACCUUAAUGAGUUAGCUUAGAAGCACAUGAAUGAGUUAGCAUCACCCGAGUGUGUUAGCGUAGCAUCACUUGAAUGAGUUAGCUUAGUAUGAUGAAAAUGAAUUAGCUUAGCCUGACCUGAAUUAGUUAGCAUCACCUAAAUGUGUUAGCUUAGCAUGACCUGAAUGAGUUAGCAUGGCAUCAUGUGGAUAUGUUAGCUUAGCAUGACCUGAAUGAGUUAGCAUCACCUAAAUGUGUUAGCUUAGCAUCACCUGAAUGAGUUAGCAUGGCAUCAUGUGAAUGUGUUAGCUUAGCAUCAUCUGGCUGAGUUAUUUAUUUUUCAUUUGAAUAAACAGUUUAUAAAAUGUA